AUGAGGGAGGCCGAUAAGCUGAUCGAAGAAGACGUCAUUAACAUGCGGGAAGCCGCCGAGUGUCACCGUCAAGUGAGGAGGUAUGCCCAGACCAUAGCACGCCCUGGGAUAAAGAUGCUAGACUUGUGUCAAGCCAUUGAAGCGAAGACCAGGGAGCUUCUAGGAGCGCCGCCCAUGGGAAGUGACGACCCCAAUUUCCUCGCUAAGGGCUACGGUUUCCCCACUGGAUGUUCGCUUAACAACGUGGCUGCUCAUUACAGUCCUAAUUAUGGUGACACUACUGUAUUGAAGGAGGGCGAUAUCUGCAAACUCGACUUCGGAACGCAGGUUGGAGGUCGUAUCGCAGAUUGCGCUUUCACCAUUGCAUUCGACCCGAAGUUCGAUCCCUUGAUCGAGGCAACCAAAGAAGGAACUAGAGCUGGUGUCAAUUUCGCUGGUAUAGACGCGAGAUUCUCCGAGAUUGGUGAGGUCAUUCAGGAGGCUAUAGAGAGUUAUGAGUUUCUCGAAAGGGAUGGUGCCGAGGUAAG